AGAUCUCUGAAAAUGAGCGACUCUGAUAGUGAUUUCUCUAUCGAAGAAUCACCCAAGGCGAAGAAAACCGCACCAAAGAAGGAGAAGGCGUCGCCGAAAAAAAAAGAAAGAUGAUGCCAACGAGUCGCUGGUAAUGUCUGAAGAAGACCGAAACGUGUUCACGUCGAUCGACAAAAAAGGUGGUGGCUCGAAGCAAAUGGACGACCUCAACCAAAAGUGCCCCAAGAGGAAGACUUCCAAGCUGAAGGGCAUCCCAAAGCUCGAAGAUGCGAACGACGCUGGAACCAAAAAUUCCCAACAGUGUACAUUGAUUCUGACGGAGGGAGACUCGGCCAAAACGCUUGCUGUUUCGGGACUUUCAGUCGUUGGACGCGACAAAUAUGGAGUAUUCCCAUUUCGAAGAAAAUUGCUAAAUGUCUGCGAUUUAAAUGUGAAUCAAAUCGCCGAUAGUGCUGAGGUCAAUGCCAUCAUCAAGAUUCUGGGACUCCAAUACACGAAGAAGUACGAGACAGAAGAUGACUUUAAGACUCUUCGAUACGGGAAAUUGUUAAUCAUGGCAAAUCAUGAUUCAGACGGCUCUCAAUUCAAAGGACUUCUGCUCAACUUCUUUCAUCGCUUUUGGCCUGCGCUCUUUAAACGCGACUUCGUCGAGGAUUUCAUCACUCCAAUUGCCAAAGCCACCGAAGGAAAAGAGGAAGUUUCGUUUUAUUCGCUCCCAGAAUAUUCUGAGUGGAGAAUGAAUACGGAUAACUGGAAGUCGUAUACGAUCAAGUACUACAACGGAUUGGGGACAUUGACUUCUAAGGAAGCUAAGAAGUGCUUCUCGGACAUGGUUCGUCAUCGUAUCCGCUUCAAGUACAACGGAGCUGAUGAUGAUAAAGCUGUCAACAUGGCUUUUUCAAAGAAGAAGAUUGAAGCAAGGACAGACUAUCUCAUGAAGUUGAUGCAGGAUAAGAAUCAAAGAAAGCAGCAGGGGCUGGCUGAAGAGUGCCUCUACAACAAAGAAACUCGAUUUGUCACCCUAAAAGAUUUCUUCAACUACGAAAUAGUUUGCUCAUGGAAUUUGCAUUCAAUUCCAUGUCUUGUGGAUGGUUUGAAACCAGGACAGCGGAAGGUUCUCUUCGCGUGCUUCAAAAGAGCAAACAAGCGUGAAGUCAAAGUAGCUCAACUGGCUGGAGCUGUCGCUGAAAUUUCUGCUUACCAUCACGGAGAACAGUCGCUUAUGGGAACAAUUGUGAAUCUCGCUCAAGAUUACGUUGGCUCCCACAACAUCAACCUGCUUCUUCCUAUCGGGCAGUUUGGUACUCGUCUCCAAGGUGGAAAGGACAGUGCUUCAGCUCGUUCCAUCUUCGCUCAACUGUCGCAAGUCACUCGUACACUCUUCCCGGCUCACGAUGACAAUGUCCUUCGUUUCCUUUAUGAAGAAAAUCAGCGUAUUGAGCCAGAAUGGUAUUGCCCGAUUAUUCCAAUGGUUCUCGUCAAUGGAGCUCAAGGAACCGGUACUGGAUGGUCCACGAACAUUCCUAAUUACAAUCCACGUGAACUGGUCAAGAACAUCAAGCGUCUUAUCGCCGGCGAGCCACAGAAAGCCUUAGCUCCAUGGUACAAGAACUUCCGCGGAAAGAUUAUUCAAAUCGACCCGAGUCGAUUUGCAUGCUAUGGUGAAGUUUCUGUGCUUGAUGACAAUACAAUUGAGAUCACUGAGUUGCCAAUCAAACAGUGGACUCAAGACUACAAAGAGAAGGUUUUGGAAGGAUUGAUGGAGAGCUCGGACAAGAAAUCGCCUGUUAUUGUCGACUACAAAGAGUAUCACACAGAUACUACUGUUAAGUUCGUCGUGAAGCUCUCGCCGGGAAAACUUCGUGAAUUGGAGCGCGGUCAGGAUCUUCAUCAAGUCUUCAAGCUCCAAGCUGUCAUCAACACUACGUGCAUGGUACUUUUCGAUGCUGCCGGAUGGCUUCGUACAUACACUUCGCCAGAAGCGAUUACUCAAGAGUUCUACGAUAGCCGCCAAGAGAAGUACGUACAGAGAAAGGAGUACCUCCUCGGAGUUCUUCAGGCUCAGAGCAAGCGUCUCACUAACCAGGCUCGUUUUAUCCUCGCCACGAUCAACAACAAGAUUGUUCUCGAGAACAAGAAGAAGACGGCGAUUGUCGAUGUUUUGAUCAAGAUGAAGUUCGAUGCUGAUCCAGUGAAGAAGUGGAAGGAGGACCAAAAGCUCAAAGAGCUUCGUGAAUCUGGAGAAAUCGAGCUGGACGAAGAUGAUCUAGCUGCAGUCGCCGUCGAAGAGGGCGAAGACAUUUCCUCUGCUGCGAAGGCCGUUGAAACCAAGCUAUCCGACUACGAUUACCUCGUCGGAUUAGCUCUCAUCAAGCUUUCGGAAGAAGAGAAGAAUAAGCUCAUCAAAGAAUCGGAGGAGAAGAUGGCUGAGGUUCGAGUUCUGGAGAAGAAGACCUGGCAAGAUCUUUGGAUUACCGACCUAGACAAUUUCAUGUCUGAAUUGACAAGCAGGAGGCUCGCGAGAAAGCUGAGUCUAAGGCGAACCGCGACGCGAUGGUAUGCGAUGAUAUGUCAGAGGAGAGUGACGUGGAGUUCGAUGAAGGAAUCGAUUUCAAUUCGGACGAUGACGGUGUGGAGCGUGAGAAUGUCGUCUCGAAGCUGAGAAGAAGCCGUCCACAAGCAAAAACCCCGACGAGGACAGCGGGAUGGCCCCCUCAGGAUUAAAGCGGUCUCGAGAACGCCCAACGACAACCGGAUCACCCAAACAAAAGAAGAUGCGCGUCGAAGAAGCCGACUAAUUUUUUCCCCAACUUUUAUUCCCCAACUGUUUCCAAUUUAUUUUCUUUAUAUUUUAAAAUCGUUUUAACGAUCUCAUCAAUCAGAUACUACUAAUUUCCCCUUCCCAAGUUCGAUCUAAUUGCAUCCCUACUCAGAUAAACGUGUUAGCUUCUA